GCAGCCCCACAUUGCGGUUCUUGCAGCGCCUGGGUGACACCAGCUAGCGUGCCUUCACCGCUAACCAGCCAGUCACCUUUAACCUCUCCCCAGUUUAAUUAUUAUUACAGCUAAUGACCUUUUCACCCACAGAAUAAAGCCACGCACACUCCGGUGGUGUCUUUCUGCGCUCUCCCCCUCCUCAGUAUCCUUCCAACCCACACCAGACAAUGGGAUACUAUUUAAUAACUAGGGUCCUGUUUGAUUCAAGUGAUUCUGAAAAAAAUAAAUCAUCAUUUCUGCCCUAGAACCCGAGUCCCCUCCCACACCUGUGACUGACCCCACACGGUAACAGAACAGGGUCACAGAAGGUGGCAUCUUUCUUCUGGGCGCUUUUCUGGUGUCCGCCCGCCCCCAGGGCCAGCCCAUUCGCCUGGCGGUCAGCUUGACCGUCCCGGGAGCUGCCACCCAGGAGCUGAUCGCAGAGGAAGCCCCGGGUCCCUCCGUGGCUCCAGCCAGGGUGUGUGCUCGGCUCUGAGAAGCCAGGCAGCAUGGCGUGAAACCAGGGCGGUUACGCAGUGCCCCUGUGGAUCCCGGCCCCUUGUUUAUCGCGCAAGAUCCACUCUGAAAAUGGCUUCUCCAGUUGAGCCGUAGCGGUUAGCACCUCAGCCUUGAACUUAACUACUUGAAUUCCGUUCCCACGAUGAUUUUAGAGAGAUAAUUCAGUGGGUACAUGUGAUAGUUCUAGAACAGGACAAACGCAGUUCACCGCCAGCUCGAAUGUGGAAAAACGCGGCAGUUGCCGGCCAGCCAGGGUUGGGGUGCUUCAGGGUCGGGGAGCUCCAGGGGAACCUCAGGCACCCAGCCUGGUGGAGCCCUCCUUCCCCCGUGGGCUGCCCACCACCCCCGCCGCCUAUCAGGAGCGUCCAUGCUGGGACUGCGCAGGACCCCUGACCGCACUGCUCGUGAGCCGGCUCCUGGCCAAGGGAAAAAAGUCACUUUCCUCUCAGCUUCUUAAUGUGUGAAACGCCUGGAGACGAAUUGUUCUCUGGGGUGAAUUUCUGUUUUGCAAAGUCGGCUGAGUUCGAAAAUAGAAGCAUUUGCCUACCUUAGCCCACGCCCACCCUCCUGCACCCAGAAUCGCGUGGUGGGUUGAGUGGGAGUUGAGUGACACUGUCACCUGUUGUGUAGCGGGGUGUAAGUGCCCAGACUCGGGGGGCCUGGAGCAGAGGAGUCGGGGCUCAGCCUGCCGGGGUCUGGGGGGCGGUUAUAGCAAGGCCUUGAGGUGGGGUGCAAGAGCCUGGACUCCCCAGUCUGGCGUCUGUGUGUAGGUGUGAACAGACAGCAGCUACCACCCUGCCCCCGGCGCCCCCCUCGCCCAGGGCGGAGGCCCCGAGUACCUCCCCCAGCCCCUUGGCUCCUCCACCUACAGCAAGGUGAGGGGGGCCCAGGGAGACGUUCCCCGCGAGGUGCUGGCUUUUCUGACGGGGUGAGUGUCGCCCCCCAUCUCUUCACUCCUUGCAUUCAAAGCACUGAGUCAACCCCGCCGCCACUGUCAGCUGAAAGCGGCACACGUGUGUGUGAGUGGGUGGUGGGGCCGGUCCCCCUCCUCCAGGCGCUCUCGGUGCUUUUCGUGCUGCCCCCACGCCGGGGGCCCCCGGUGGGCUCUGCACCCGCCUCUGGCGCACACGAGCGCUGUCUCACCUCUCCAGACCCACCGCGCGGCACCCUGGGGAGUCUUCAGUGUGGGCACGGUGCCUCCCUGCCCGUGCCGAGGUGGCGUCCUGGCUGCACGGGCGCCGCUCCGGAGGGAGGAACCAAGGCUGGGCCGCCGCGGCCCCAGGGCUCCCCCCGCCUGGCUGUAGCUAGCAUCUCCCUGUCCCCCCCCCCGGGCACCCCACAAGGCCCCUCACGGGGAUGUGUAAGGCCAGCACACGGCUGAUUCAGCAGAGUGUUGCAGGCGCAAAUCAAAAAACAAAUAUAAUUUUUAAAAAAAGCAGAACUGUGAGACCUGCCAGGCUGUAUUGUUUUUGUUGUGAAGGCUGAUUUAUGAUUUGUAAAUUCAUUGAUAAGUCACGUACCCCCUCCCGGUGUUUGCUACAGAACCAAAGUGGCCCUUGUCAGAUUUCUUACGAAUGUCUUUGGAGUCUUCUGUGGAAACCCCUUAAAAAGUGUGUUUUUCAGUCCUAAGGGUAUCUGUCCUUUGAGGACCCCAGAAGUGUGGUGACAUUUUCCCCUUCUCACCUUCUUCCUCUGACGGGGCAGUGACCCCACAGCCCCUGGGCUCACUACCUCUGACCAUCCCAGGUACCUUGCAGAGGGUGAAACAAGCUCAUCAGUUGUGGGGGUGCCUGGUGGAUGAUAGUAAAUAUUUGUUCAGCUUUUCUCAACUGUUCAGAACCAAACCUCAUCCUGCUCCCUUCAAUGCAUUCAGCAAAUUUGUCUUAAAAUUCAGUAAAUAUUUUUAGUGGAAAAUCUCAACGUUGUGAUGGUGGGGACCUCAGAUUUUAUCUUGCCGGGGCUCUGCUGCUUGGCACGGCUUUGAUCUGUGGGGUUUGCCUUCUCCUCGCGUGAGCCUGAGCCAGAGUGAGUGGGGCCAGAGUCUGCAGGGCUCCUGGCUGGCAAGCCGCUCGCGUGGCCCUGUGGGUCGCGUCCCACCAGAGGGGGCCUGGUGUUUCUCAUGUGUGUUGGUGAAAAGCGACCUUUCUCAGUAAAUAAAAAGUUUCUGAGUGGUGCUGGAUGUGUAAGGUGACGCUUUGGACAGCCUGCUUUCUCUCUCCCCCAGUUCAGCUUCUUUGCCGGGUUCAGGGCGCAGAAAGGGGGCAGCCAAGGUGACAAGGAGGGCACCUCCGCAGCCUUAGCUCUCCCAUAGUACGACUUUCAGAAGUCUGGCGGUUGUGUGGGUGUGCUGCGUUAUGUAGGACGAGAGGCAGUUGUGUGUGUGUCCUGUGCUGUGUGGGAUGAAUGACAGUUGUGGGUGUCCCGUGUUGUGUGGGAUGAGUGACAGUUGUGUGUGUGUCCCGUGCUGUGUGGGAUGAGUGACAGUUGUGGGUGUCCUGUGCUGUGUGGGAUGAGUGACAGUUGUGUGUGUGUCCCGUGCUGUGUGGGAUGAGUGACAGUUGUGUGUGUGUCCCGUGCUGUGUGGGAUGAGUGACAGUUGUGUGUGUGUCCUGUGCUGUGUGGGACGAGUGACAGUUGUGUGGGAUGAGUGACAGUUGUGGGUGUCCCGUGCUGUGUGGGAUGAGUGACAGUUGUGUGUGUGUCCCGUGCUGUGUGGGAUGAGUGACAGUUGUGGGUGUCCCGUGCUGUGUGGGAUGAGUGACAGUUGUAUGUGUGUCCCGUGCUGUGUGGGAUGAGUGACAGUUGUGUGUGUCCCGUGUUGUGUGGGAUGAGUGACAGUUGUGGGUGUCCCGUGCUGUGUGGGAUGAGUGACAGUUGUGUGUGUCCCGUGUUGUGUGGGAUGAGUGACAGUUGUGUGGGAUGAGUGACAGUUGUGUGUGUGUCCUGUGCUGUGCGGGACGAGUGACAGUUGUGUGGGAUGAGUGACAGUUGUGGGUGUCCCGUGCUGUGUGGGAUGAGUGACAGUUGUGGGUGUCCCGUGUUGUGUGGGAUGAGUGACAGUUGUGGGUGUCCCGUGCUGUGUGGGAUGAGUGACAGUUGUGUGUGUGUCCCGUGCUGUGUGGGAUGAGUGACAGUUGUGUGUGUCCCGUGCUGUGUGGGAUGAGUGACAGUUGUGUGUGUGUCCCGUGCUGUGUGGGAUGAGUGACAGUUGUGGGUGUCCCGUGCUGUGUGGGAUGAGUGACAGUUGUGUGUGUCCCGUGUUGUGUGGGAUGAGUGACAGUUUUGUGUGUGUCCCGUGCUGUGUGGGAUGAGUGACAGUUGUGUGUGUGUCCUGUGCUGUGUGGGAUGAGUGACAGUUGUGGGUGUCCCGUGCUGUGUGGGAUGAGUGACAGUUGUGUGUGUCCCGUCCUGUGUGGGAUGAGUGACAGUUGUAUGUGUGUCCCGUGCUGUGUGGGAUGAGUGACAGUUGUGUGUGUGUCCCGUGCUGUGUGGGAUGAGUGACAGUUGUGUGUGUCCCGUGUUGUGUGGGAUGAGUGACAGUUGUGUGUGUCCUGUGUUGCCACAAAUGGCAGCUUGGGAACGUCCUGUGUUGUGGAGAGUAAUAGCUCAGGUGGGGCAGCUGUCCUGACCACAGACCUUUGUUUUUUAUUUUUGUGUUUGGUUGUUUUUGUAUUUAUCUCUCAUCUACAGAGCUGCACUUUCCAACUGCAGCCCUGAAUCUUAUAAAUAGAACCCAGCCGCUAUCUGGUCGGGAUGAAAACACACAUUCUGGCUCACGUCUAUUUUUGAUUAUGUUCUAUUCAUCUGAUUUAUAAGACCCCGCCCCCACUAGUCACCCAAACCUGUUAAACUCUCCUUCAGGGUAAAAGUUUUCAAGCAGAAGAGCCUGCCUUCCUUCAGUGUUCACAUUUCUGAGUCGUGGAGGGGUUUGUAUCCCAUCAUUUUCUCCCCUCCCUGCCGACUCUCCGAGCGGAGACCUUCCCAGAGAAGCUAGGAGGGAGAGGUCGGGGCGGGGCUUCACGACCCCCAGCGCCCCCCGGCCUGCCGCUCCCCGAUCCUGGGUGCUGGGGGCCCUCUUGGUCUCGGAAAGUUCAGAAGCAGGAGAAUUAAAGACACUGCUGCCAGGGUGGGGCCGGCCACCAGGGUUUUUUUUUAACAGCACACACCGUGGUAAACCAUCAGGUUCAUAUUGUUUUUGCUCAAGGCUGUCCUGUGUGCGGUUUCGGUGCACCGCUAGGGUAGCUGCUGAAACUGCUGCGGUUUCAAAUAAGCCCUAUUCUGUCCUGUCUUCAACCUUGGUUCCCCCACCCUGGUAAUGAAGCCUCCUCUGAGUGCUGGGGAGUCACUGGGGGGCUCAGCAGCAGCUUCCAGCCCCGGGCUGGGGGAGGGUCUUUAUCUGAUUGUCUGCAGUCACAUCCUCCUGUCCACUCAGGCCUCCCUGCCCUGGGCAGAGGUCUAGGAAUGACAGCCCAGGUGUCAUCCUGGUUAUUAGUUUUAUACCAAAAUUUAAGGGGGGAAAAAAAAAAAGAUUGGUGUUCUCUUCUCUGAAACACGCCCCAGACAAGCCUCUUUCCUUCACUCUUGGUGCCCGGAGCCACAGAAAGGCGUAAAAGUGGGCAGCAGUUCUGCCCAGGGGCAUGGAGGCAGACUGAGUUACCCUGUCACGUUUAAUAUGAGCACCACUUCAGAAAAAAACAAUUAAGGACUUAGCAGAAGUGGUUACAUAAAAGCAGGAACCAGCCCCAGAAUGUAUGAAAAGUGUAGCUGCUAAAAAUAAACGGGGGCUCAGAGUGGGAAGUGUUGUGGACCAAGGGCAGUCAGGGCAAGGGUGUCUUUUGUGAAAGGCUUCUCUGCUCGGGAGCGUCGUGUCAGGCCGAAGCUGGGAGGCCACCAGUUUUGCACGUGUCAGGUCCGAUAAUUCAGCCUCGAUGCCCGAGCACAAAAACAGAUAACCGAGAAAAAACCGUUUCCCCCCCGCCACCACCACUCCAAAACAGGAGCAGUUGAUGUGCCCUGGUUUCGUAUUAACACAGUCAUGAUUUCUAAAUAACAACGGUUUCGGCAGCCGAGCAAAACCAGGCCCCGGGCCGUUCUUGGGUGUGAGUGCCUUCUUUCAAGAUCUCCCCGAUCAUCUCCGUGCUUGUUAGAAACCUCAGCCUGACAUUCUUGCCGGCUGGAUUCUUAACUGCCCCCCACCCCCAGCCCCUGGCCCCAAAGUGAUAAAAAAAAAAAAAUACCCUAAAUCAAGGGAGGAAGCUCUUCUUAAUUUAAAAAAAAAAAAGCGGCACAGACGUGGGUGAUGGUGUAUUUGAACAUGUGCACUGCUGUGGUCACUCUCAGGGCCUGGCUGGGGUCAACUGACCCCGUUAGGCAUGCUCGGACAUUUGCCGUGCUGGACGGUACGGGGGGUCUGCCUGGUGGAGGUACCUGUGGGAGGGAGACCGCGGUGGCCGGGCUGCAGGGACCGUGCCCGCCGAGGCCAGCGUGCCCGUGCCUUAGAAGGCCAUCCCCCUGGGCACCCUGGCAGAGGCGCAUGCACUGGCUCGGUUGGCAGGUGAGGCCCCAUCCCUCGGGGCCCGGGGAAGGCUGCAGGUGUCCCAGGGGCCCCCGGCACAGGGUUCGCUCAGGAUCCUGUCUGUAUUCACAAUCAGCCUUUGAUGACGCCACCCCUUGGGGUUUGGAAAGCGAGGCAAGGUCUGCGUCAGGGUGUAUCCUGUCGGGGGGGCUCUUCUCUAGGGGGGCACGCCUGGGCUGUGGCACUGCUCCACCGUGGCAGGGGGAGGUCCCAUGGAGGGUUUGAGGGAGCCUGACAGGUGGGGGCCAGUGCAGGGAAUUCGGCAGUUCAAGUGGAGGCCACCCCUCCACAGGGGCUGCACACACCCACCCAGCCACACUGCGCGGGGGGCAUCUGAGCAACUCUGCAGGCAGGGUUCUCAGUUUCCUUGCGGAGCUCAUGGCGGGGUGGAGCUGUCCUGACCUCUGGGUAUUGGAGCUACGCCAGCCUGGCGUUGGCAGACUAGUAAAAGGUGAUUUACAAAAGCAGACAGCCCCCUCAGGGGCCAACCCCAGCUCUGGCGGCGAUGGCGCGCGGAUGCUCUUUUACCCCGCCCAAGUAUCCUAGGGCCACCAUACCGCAGCUGAGACGGCUGAAAUGGACCAUCCACAGCUGUGGAGGCUGGGGAGUCUGAGAUCAAGGUGUGGUCCGGGCUGGUUUCUCCUGAGGCUGCUCUGGUUGGCUUGUAGACGGCGCCCACCCCCGUGCCUUCCCACGGUCUCCCCUCUGUGAAUUUGUGUGUCCUGCUGCCCUCUUUUCUCCCAAGAUCACCAGUCCUGUUGGAUUAGGGCCCACUCAGAGGACCUCACUCUAACUUGAUUACCUCUGCAAAUAUCCCAUGUGCAAAGACAGCCACAUCCUGAGGUACCGGGGGAGAGGACCUGAGCAUAAUGAAUUGGGGGUGGGGGACCAGUUCAUCCCAUCACAACCCCAUUUCAUGGAAAAGGAAGCUGAGGCUGGAGGGGGUGGUUGCCAUGUUCCUCCCCAUCUUCCAGGGGUCCACAGCCCACUCCCUGCCCAGGGCUGGGCCAGGAGGGCUGAACACAGGCCUGGGGAGAUGGUGGGUCUCAGGCACUUAAGGCAGAGGGACUGUCUGGAGAGAAGCCCUGGCCUGGGAUCCUGGGGGAGCGAGGUAUGGCUCGGGACGAGAUGGGGAAGGGUUUUGUGGGGGCUUCCCGAGCUCGCCACGGUGGAGCUUGCAUGUUAGAAAGCUCUGUCAGCAGAGCGGUCUGUGAAGCUGGGACACAGCUGUGGGCAGCCGAGCGCUCUGCCUUCUGGAGCUUGUGUUCUCUUGGGCAAGAGAGAAAAUACAUGGCGAGUGACCUAAAGACAGCAUGACGAGGGCUGCAGCGGUGUCUGAGCCAGAAGUGGGGAGGGUGGCCUCUGCGUGCACGGCACCCACGUAGGGAGGGGCGCUCCUGCCUGGGGAGCAGUAAGCGCAGGGUACUGCGCUGGGGCUGGGCCGGGGCGGGAUGGCCGGGGCUGGGGUGGGUGCUCCCAAAGACCUGGGGAGAGCGCGGCAGGGUCGGCGCAGCACUGAGUUAAAAGGCCGCCUCGCUGAGCGCGGCGGGCCCGCGGGGCUGAAAGCUGAGAGAGUGGGCUGCCCAGGGACUGUGGCAGGCGCGGCUCCCAGAGACCCAGGAGAGGCGAGGACCACUUGCCUCGGGGGGUGGUGCCACUGUGGGGACCCGAGCUCCCGGGGCUCACGCCCACCCUCCUCCUUUCCCAGGGACCCCCAUGAUCUGCUUGGCUUCCCAUUCAGUCACUGCUCCCAGCUGCACAGCCUGGAAUUGACGCGCUGCGGGGCGGGCUGCCUGCUCGCCUCCAAAGAGGGGCUCUCCUCUGCCUGCCGUGCCGGCCCAGGGGGCCCAUGCUCAGCCGUCAGCUCAUCCCUUGGGCCAGGGAGUAGGCUGCUGUGGAAGGAAGAUGGGCUUGGGGGAGGUGGCUCUUCAGGCCGGCACCCAGAUCAGGUCUCCCUGUGGUCUGAAGCCCACAGGGCUGAGGUCUGGGAGGGAGAGCAAAGCCAACAGCCAGGCGGACAGCUCAGGGGGGAGCCGCCCGAAGUCUGUGGCUCUGUCACGAAUAGGCGAGGAGGGGCCAGAAGGAGAGAACCCGGCCUGUACGGAAGGUGCUGUGUGGGCACAGCCCCCGGGACUUCACUUGAACAAGCCAGCUGCCCUGGGGAAGAGGGGCCCUUGUUCCCACCGCCCUGCGCAGUGGACUUGGCCCCGCCCUUCUGGGGAAGUGUCCCUGCUCCAGCAGGUGGGGCCCACCCCAGGGCUUCAGCAGAGAGAAGUUCGCCUGGCCCACUGAGCCUCGUGGUUGACUGUGACCGGACUUGUGGCCACCGGGAAACUCCUACAGCCUCCCCAAGCCUGCAGCCUUCCCCCUCCCCUCCCUUCUAGGUCAGGGUGUCUCCUGUCGGAGCCUGGGGCAGGUACUAGGAAGGUCAGGCCGCAGUGGGCACGCCUCCCGACCCACAGCCCCACCUCCAGAAAGUGUGUGAAAGUGUGAGUCGCUCAGUCGUGUCCAACUCUUUGCAACCCCACGGGAUGUUGUAGCCCUCCAAGACUCCUCUGUCCAUGGGGUUCUCCAGGCAGGAGUACUGGAAUGGACUGCCAUUUCCUUCUGCAGGGGAUCUUCCCAAUCCAGGGAUCGAACCCGGGUCCCCUGCCUCGGAGGCAGUUUGUUUACCGUCUGAGCCACCAGGGAACGUCUCCUAUAAAUAGACACACGUGGGCGAGGCUGUGCUGUUUGUGACAGUAAGAGCCUGGGAAGGUCAGAGGUCAGCACGGGGGCCCCAUGAGGCCACGGGCAUGGGCACAGUCCUCUGAUGCAGCCUCGGGAGGUGACGGAGAGCCGGGUGCACAGCUGCCUGUGUCUCAAGAGCCCUGUGCGAGCCUCGGAAAGUCAAGACUCUCAGCGUUUCCUUACUCAUGCAGACAGAAACCAGCGGCUGCUCUGGGGGUGGGCGUGGCUCGGGGCCUCUGCGUCCCAGCCACACUACUGGCAUCCCCCGCCCACCCAGAAGUCCCAGCUCAGGUGGGAGGGGGUGUGGGGAUUUUCACCUCGGCUUCUGGUGGGCUCCGCCCCGUCUCUUCUCCGUGGGUUCUCCUGGGGGCAGAACCACACCUCUGGUGACUCGAGGUUUGGAAUGAACUGACGGAGUCGGGGCGACCUUUGUACCUUAGGGUCGCCCAGCUGCUGUGUCAAGUGACAAAAAAACCCGUGUAUCCAGAGGGGCCUGAGGUCAGGUUGUCACAGGCCCCGCGUGUGCCGAGCCCUGCUUGUGCCUGCAGCAGGGCAUCAGUCACGGGCUCUGACCCCUGACCCUUCGUGCCCACUUCCCAGACAGAAGCAGGCCAGCUGGGCCUGAGGCACUGGGCCUGGUCUGGGUCUCAGAACUCAAGGGGACAGGCAGAAGUCCUUAGGGACCCCUGGGGACCCUCAGAAGUGUGGCCCUAGGAAGCAGCGUCAGAGAGCGUGGUCUUGGAGCUGGGCAUGGAGGCGGAUGUGCGGGCAGGUGGCGCGGCAGAGGCCAGCAGGGUGGGAAGGCAGGCGCCCUGGGCCGAGGCGCUGCAGACAGGUCGGGCGUGACUCAGGGCCGGGGCCUGCCUCUGGACGUGCAGCUGGUGUCCAGGGUUCUGUAUGGAGUGUGGCCCCAGGCUUUUGGCUUCUCCCACAUUAGUUUUAGAAUUGCAAGAGCAAAACACGGGCAACUCAGUUAACAGAUCAGAAUCAUGUUAAGUAUGCCCUAGCCUGGGCUUGGACACAGAGCUGCCGAAUUGACUGUCUCACCACCUGGGUACCUUGGUAACCCAGGCAGCUGUUGGGCAAAUGAAUGGUAUCAGGUAGGAACCUGGCCUCCAAACCCAGCAGAUCCUGGAGGCUCAUCCUGUGGGCCCCCCUUGCCAAACGCCCGGAGAGGUCUGGUUGCUCAUGGAUGGUUCUGACAUAUCGGCAGGCCUUGCUGGGAGAAGCCCCUCGUCCUUGGGCCACACCCCCCAAGUGUAGCCUCACAGCCUCAUUUCCCACCCAUUCUGAACACCUGUCUCCCGUGUCCUCAUGGAGAGCUGCCUUGCUGGGACCUGGGCCUCCCAGAGCUGCCCUCUCGGCAAGAGCCCACAAAAUCCCAAAGCCUGCCCCUUGGAGCCAAAGGGACAGACCCAGGAGCCGGAAAUGAAUUUCAACCCAGGACGAAUUUAAACCCAGGAUGGCUGAGUGGGUUUGUCUGGUGAGCUGCACACAGAUCCUCACCACUAACAUGGCUAACUCCACAUCACGUUGUGAAACUAAUUCCCCAUCCUUCCUGUUUAGUUGCAAGUAAUCCCCCACCCUUUUUUUUUUUUUUAAUUGUUGGGCUCUUACAGUGAUCUUUUUCUGCUCGACCAUGACUUUGUAAAAACUCAGUGUGAUCGUGAAUGUGUUGCCCUGAUAAAAUGAAUCACUUUGAAACACGCCUGCAUGUGAGCUUUCUAAAGAUGAUGUAAAUUUUAGCUGUGGUGGAUGGGGAGGGGAGAAGGGUCAUCUGAAGUGGUUUUCUAGGACCGCCCACAAAACCAUUAAGCCUCCGGGAUAAAGGGAGAGGAAAGCGGAGACCCACGCCGAUUCCCCCCGGAGUCCGUCCCACAAGCCACAUUCCAGCUCUUUCCAAGGGAAGGAUAGAGCUUCCCAGGGAGCUGGCGCCCGGCUCCUCAGUCAGGACCCUUGUUCUGUCCCUGGUCAGUAACUUGAAUUUCUUCUUCUUUUUUUUUUUUCUCCUUUUUUUUUUCUCUCCUAA